CACAGUGAACAAAUCAGGUGUAUCGCGGUGCGCAUUGAUUAAAGCAGUAGGUGUGGGUGGGGAAAGCGGUGGAGGCAGUGAUUGUAAACAGAGGAGCGCUGCAACAGGUGGCUACAUAAUGGUUGGGGUUUGGCGCUUUUCUGUGUACUUUGGUCUGCUUGGCCCUCUUGAUCGUCAGAAGAUGCCCGUAAAGGAAGUUAUCUGAGUCCAGAGGAACAGAGCUCCAGGAAGGAUAGACAACCAAACAGACGAAACUCAUGAGGGCUCUUAAGCUUGUCACACAGCUUUCCUCUGAGCUGUGAAUUGAGUUUGUAGGUGAAGGUGUUGUGUAGAGGCUGAGUUAUGGGCUGUGGGGGGAGCAGGACUGAUGCUCUGGAACCUCGCUAUCUGGAGAGCUGGACCAAAGAGACGGAAUCGACAUGGCUUACGAGCACAGACACAGACAUCCCGCUGUCAUCCAUCCAGAGCAUCCCGUCUGACAACUCCGAGGUCGGCUUCAUCUCUGAGAAGAACAUCAGCCCAGUUCCAGACUUUUUUGAAGACGGCCUCCCUCCUCCGGCUCAGGCGUACCUGAAGGUCUGCUCGGCCGUGUCUGAAGCCAGCCUGAACAACGUGACGCCCAGCAGCCCGUCAUCCAUCCUGGCCUCUCCGAAGCCGGAGGCCGCUUCACCUCCAUCAGGAACCACAGUGCAGCGCAGAAGUGUUCUCCACACAGAGGAGAUUACAAAAUGGCAGGAUAAUCGGAUGUCGACUAAACAGGUGACCAUUACCGUGACGCAGAGCAUCCACCAGGUAGAUAAAAAUGGAAAAGUGAAGAAGUCUCUCACAACCUAUGAGAUCAUGAAACCUGUGGAGACUCUAAAACAGGCGGCCACUCAAAACACAUGAAGGCAGGACGGAGCCAGGUUCAACACAACUGUGAAAUCAGUGACAUGAAUGUGUUUUUGUACAGAAAUCCUUAUGGUCUCAUGGACGGUAAUUUCAUACAUGAAUAUGAAUCAUGUGCCAAUGCACAUCAUGACGUGUGUUAUUGUAUGUUUUGACAUAAAUGAGAACAAAAAAGUGAAACUGUCAUUUGGUCAGAAAAAAAACAUCUCUAAUAAUUCAUUUGUGCCAAUAAUAGUAUUUUGUGAAAUACAGGGUGAAUAAAAACACUUCUUGCUGCUUUUGAUAAAUGGUGUGUAAUGCUAUCAUUGUGUUUUUUAUUUUAAGUGUAAAUAUUUGUUUUGGAAAAGAAGCACAGCAUGUUGUUACGGUUUUACCGUCUGUGCCGAUGACUGAUCAGGCUUACUGUAUCUUGUUUUGCACAAAUGAGUUUACAUUUUGUCAUCUGUGUAUGUGGUUUUUUUUCAUCCAAUAAAGCUUUAAGGUCCAACAUGACUUCA